AUGGAUAGACAGGACAAGGAACUGGGUACGGCUAGGGCGUCGCCGUUAAACGACGCGCAGGCACAUCGCCCUAAACCUGUGACAAGUGGGCAAGGGCUACCGUGUCAAGUACGGGCACGGCUAAAGACGCGAGUACCCAAACGGAAACUCCGCUUUGCAACGUGGAACAUUGGCUCUCUAACCGGACGAUGCAGAGAACUCGCAGAUAUACUCGUGAGACGUCGGGUCCAGUGUGCGUUCCUUCAGGAAACUCGCUGGAAGGGCAAUAAGUCUCGCAACAUCGGACAGGGUUACCGGCUGAUAUACACUGGGUCGCCUUCAGGUAAAGCUGGUGUAGCAGUAGUUCUAUCUGAAGAGCUUCAGAAUGGUCUCCUUGAAGUCGACCGCCGCUGCGACCGUCUGAUGCGGGUGCGGGUACUGAUCGAGGGAGUCAUUACUAACUUGAUCAGUGCCUAUACUCCUCAGGCGGGAUGUAGUGGGUCGGAAAAAGAGUCAUUCUGGGAGCAAUUUGAAGAGGUUCUACGCGCUAUUCCAGCUGCUGAAGUAAUCAUAGUUGGGGGGGACUUAAAUGGCCACGUAGGUAGGGCUGCGGAUACGUACGAGCGUGUACACGGUGGUUUUGGUUAUGGUCGCCGCAAUGCAGAGGGAGAAACUAUUCUCAGAACCUGUAUUGCGUCUGAUUUAGCCGUCGUGAACACGUUCUUUCAAAAGACUUCGCAGCACCUUAUCACGUAUAAAAGUGGGUCCCACUCUACCCAAUUAGAUUAUCUGCUGACCAGACGGUGUCAUAUCGGCAAGGUGACUAACUGUAAAGUCAUUCCUGGUGAAAGCCUGACAGCCCAACAUCGUCUUCUUGUCAUGGACUUUGUCGUUACCCCGAAAAAGAAAGUAGCCGAGAAACGUGAGCCUCGGAUCAGGUGGUGGUUGCUGAAUGGAACGAUGCAGACCAACUUUCGGGCAGCGGUUGAGAGUCAAAAUCUGUUGACCCAUACCGAAUCUGCUCAGGAAGCUUGGGAUCGAGUGCAGUCAGCAAUUAUCACGGCAGGAGGUGAUUCGCAAAAAAAAAAGGCUGCCUUUAAGGAGUGGCAGCAAUCACACUCUCCUGAAGACAGACUAGAGUACAUAGCAGCGAAACGUGCCAGUAAAAGGGCUGUUGCCAGAGCCCGCAGUGACAGGUUAUCACCGUUAUAUGAUACACUUGAAACUGCGGAGGGGCAGAAGCUCAUUUACAAAUUGGCACGAGCUCGGGAUAAAGCGACGCAAGAUAUCGCAAAAUGUCUUUGCGUCAAAGAUUCCCAGGGCACGCUGUUGUGUAAUCAUGCCUCUGUGAAGGAGAGAUGGAGAUGCUACUUCAAGGAGUUGCUAAAUACUCAGCACCCGUGCAGUCUUCCUACCGAACCACCUCCUAAUCUUGGACUUAUUGCCCCGAUAACACCUGAUGAAACUCGGAAUUGUCUUCGACGCAUGAAGAAUCGGAAAGCGGUGGGACCUGACGAUAUUCCGAUCGAAGCGUGGAAAUCAUUGGGCUCUCUUGGUGUGCUCAUACUGACGGACCUUUUCAACCGCAUCUUGAACACUGGGACUAUGCCACAUCAGUGGCGUUAUAGCUUCAUUACCCCCAUUUACAAAGGCAGGGGCAGUGUUCAAGAUUGCGGUAGUUAUAGAGGCGUUAAGAUCAUGAGUCACACCAUGAAGCUCUUUGAGCGCAUGAUCGACCUCAGGCUCCGCCGAGAGUGUACUGUCUCGGAGUGUCAAUAUGGAUUUCAGCCUGGAUCGGGCACCUUGGACGCCAUUUUUGCCAUCAGAACCCUGAUGGAGGCAUACAGGGAAAAAAGGAGAGCUCUGCAUGUCGCAUUCCUAGAUCUGCAGAAGGCCUUUGACUGCGUGCCUCGUCAAUGUAUCUGGUGGGCUUUGCGAACCAAAGGGAUCCCUGAGGCCUAUAUUGACAUCAUCAGAGACAUGUACCGCGAUUCCGUUUCCAUGGUUAGGACUGCUGUUGGCGAUACAAAACCCUUCCCGAUCUCAGUAGGGGUGCACCAAGGCUCGGCUCUUAGCCCGUUCUUAUUCAAUGUAGUGCUGGACACCGUCUCGGCUAACAUCCAGGACCAGCCUCCAUGGCUGAUGAUGUAUGCCGAUGACAUAGCGCUCAUUGACGAGGACCGGCUGACGCUGGAGCGGAGAGUGAACCUUUGGAAGGGUGCGCUUGAGAACGGUGGUCUUAAACUAAAUGUGUCGAAGACCGAGUACAUGGCUUGCGGGAGCCCGGACUCUUGCACCAUCCAUAUAGGUCCUGAACCAGCCGUUAAGUCGGAGAAGUUCAGGUAUCUUGGAUCUAUUCUGCAUGAGUCCGGAGGCAUCGAUCACGAUGUCCAAGCCCGGAUCAGCGCUGCUUGGGCGAAAUGGCGUGAGGUCACAGGUGUGGUCUGCGACCGCAGAAUACCGCCCAAGCUCAAGGGACUAAUAUAUAAGAGCAUAAUCCGACCGGUUCUCUUAUAUGGCAGCGAAUGUUGGCCAGUACUGUCCAGGCACACUCAGGAGCUUCACGUCACGGAGAUGAAGAUGCUGAGGUGGAUGUGUGGCGUUACGCGGGCUGACCGCAUACGUAACACAUUCAUCCGAGGUAGUCUUGGAGUCCGUGACGUAGCGGAUAAGCUUGAGGAGAGUCGCCUGAGAUGGUAUGGCCACGUUGCACGCCGGCCUGAGAACUACGUCGGAAGGAUUUGCCUUGAUAUGUGUGUCCCUGGAGCGAGACCCCCAGGACGCCCAAAGAAGCGAUGGCUGGACACCGUGAAGCAGGACAUGAGAGCCAAUGGAUUAACCACCGAGGAUGCCAAAGACCGGGCAAAGUGGAGGCGUUUGUGUGGGAAGGCAGACCCUAGCUAA